UCCCCCUCCGCGGUCUGUUCCGCUUCCAUCACUCUCCUCCCCCCGAUUGUAGCUGUUUCUCCUAUUUCCGAGCAGGCGACUAACAUGGAUAUUGUAAAUCAGUUGGUUGCCAAUGGGCAAUUCAGGGUGCUGAAAGUCCCAUUGGGCUUCAUCAAAGUCUUAGAAUGGGUGUUUGCCAUCUUUGCAUUCUCCACAUGUGGGAGUUACUCAGGCUCAUUCAGGAUGAGUGUGGAGUGCAAGAACAUAUCACAGAGUGACCUGAAAAUAGAUGUGGAUUUUGAAUAUCCCUUCAGGCUCCAUCAAGUGUAUUUCGAUGCCCCCACCUGCAAGAGUAGUGGUUCCGAACAUUUCUUCCUGGUUGGGGAUUACUCAUCCUCAGCAGAGUUCUUCGUCACCAUUGCCGUUUUUGCAUUCCUAUAUUCCAUGGCAGCUCUUAGCAUCUACAUCUUUGCCUUUGAGAAGUACCGUGAGAACAAUAAGGGACCACUGAUUGAUUUUGGUGUGACGUGUGUUUUCACCUUCAUGUGGCUGGUGAGCUCAUCAGCAUGGGCAAAGGGUUUAUCAGAUGUGAAGACUGCUACGGACCCUGAUAAAGUCCUUGGUCUGAUCCCUGCCUGUGAACAGGAGGAAAACCGUUGUCGUGAAGUUUACGACCCUGUAAUGUCUGGUCUCAAUACUUCUGUGGUCUUUGGCUUCCUGAACCUGAUCUUGUGGACGGGUAACCUGUGGUUUGUGUUCAAGGAGACUGGUAUCAUUGCACCAUUUAUGCGCCAACAGCCCGCCCAGGAGAAGCAGCCAGCCCCUGAUUCCUACGGGCAGGGAGGUUAUGGGCAGCAGGACCCAUACGCCAGUUCCCAGGGUGGCUAUCAGCCUGAAUACAGCCAGCAAGGCUACAAUCAGGGUGGAGACUACGGCCAGGGUGGCUACGACCAGCAGGGGGCACCCACCUCCUUUUCCAACCAGAUGUGAGCAGAGUAAUAUCUGAGGAAGUGGAAGGUGACUGGUGAGUGGAAGAAAGAAGUUGAUCGUGCGACUCUAGCAGUGUGGUGCCUGAACCCUACCCUACCCACACUUCUCCCUGUCUGUGCGUUUGUGCUUACAUCUGUGAAUGAUAUGAGGGGCGGGAGGGAGGGGAGGGGCUUAUUUUAAAUCACAAAUAGAGGGUAGUGUGAUAGAGCAGAGGGAUUUUAAUGUGCUGUUUAUUAUUGUGAUGUAUAAAAGUAAAAAUAAAAUAAAAAAAAUUAGGAUCGAUCAAACUUCAAAACACUUGAAUACCAAAAUAUUAAAAAGAUUUGAAAAAGUAUCUAAAUCUUAUUGCUAUAUGAAUUUUGAAUUGAGGAUGUUGACAAUAGUAAUGCUACACUUGAGAGAAUGUAUUUGUCUGUGCUGUAUCAUUAUAAACCAAUAUAUUUCCUAAAGAUAUGAGUGGGAUUAUUCCACUGUAGUUGAGUAAAAUUUAGAGACCCUCAAAUGACUAUAAUAAUCAUGUGAAAAUUUUCACAGAGCCCCACAGAAAUUGCUCCUUGAAAAUCUUUCCUCUUGUGGUUCGUAAUUUGGUACAGGUUGGAAGUCCCAUCAAUUUUAAAUAUUCACCUGGUGUUUGUUUGUUUGUUUGUAUUUUGUUGGUUUUAUUUAUUCACGGUUGGGAUGGAGCACUGCUGUGACUGAGAAGAGUAGGGACAUCCAAGGCUACUCUGAGCAGAAUCAUUCCCAAACUCAUAGAGGGACCACAUUAUUUCAACCAACAAGCAAAACGGUUAAGGGUAUCUUAAAGCAUUUCUCAUUUCCUGACUAAAAGUGCUGACUUUGUUUUGUUCUCUCUCUCUCUCUCUCUCUCUCUCUCUCUCUCUCUCUCUCUCUCAUUGUCUUUAUCAAAUCUCUGUAUUAUGAAAAGCACAUGCAUUCUCAGUUAAGAAUUAGCAUGGUUGUUCAUAACCCAAUGCCUCCUCUUGAGUGCUGUGUUGAUGUAGUGCUUUUUAGUUAGAGGAUGCUAAAAGUAGAUAUAAAUGUAUAUGGGGUUUUGUUAGUAUUGUAUGAGCUUGAGACAGAGAGAAUCAAUCCUAUGUUUUGAGAUGUCAGUAGUGUAGAUAUACAGUAUGUACCAGUUUCAAUCUCAUCAAAAUUUCCCCUUUGCCUCUCUCAAAAACAUAUACACUAUUACAGGACUACACCCUGUGAUAUUGAAGUAUAUUUUCAGAUGUACAUAUAAAUAUAUAUUAUAUAUGAAAUGCGCCUGCACAUUCUUAAACCGAAACCAUUAAAUGCUGUUGUGUAUAGAUAUGAUUUGGUUGCAUCAAAACAUCACUUUAAUGCCAGUAUAAAUUAUUUGUUUCUGCUUGAUUGAUUAAUCAAUCGCAAUGCAGAUUUCAGAAAUAUCUGGUAUACAUGAUAGCUAGACCUCUCAUAUGGAAUCUGUAAUAGCAAACAGUUUUCCAUGAUUGGAGUUUGUUUAAAUUAGCUAUGAAAUCCACAUUUAUCAUUCCAACAGCUUUUGGGACAGGUUAACUGAUGCAAUAAAGUCCUUAAAUGUUCUUGUUUUGUAAAGUAUUCAAACAAUGAACUAUAUCAAAGUCUAGCAGAACUGAGAUAAAAAUAUGCUGAGUAAAUAUAUUAUUAAUCUUGUAAAAUAACCAGAUUUGAUCAUUUUCUAGAGGUUUAUUUAGAGCUGAUUCAGCAGACGUUGUUAUGAAGAGAUUAUUUAUAUUGUUGCAUGAUCAGAUGCUCAUAAUGCAAGCUUACCAAAACGUAUAAUUGACUAUCUAAUUAUUAUUUUUGACUCUUUAAUUUGCCUGCGAAUUUGAGGAAAAUCUGGUUCGCUUUUGGGUAGAAGGCCAUCGGCCUGCUAAAUAUAUUAGUUUGUCUCUCUCUUCCUCGUUUUCUCUCUCUCUUUCAUCUCCCACUCUUUGCUCUGGUCCACUCUUCACUUCCAAAUGAAUAUGCUACUCAACUUCUCCGUUGUUAGUGUUGUUUGAUAUGUCUUGUGAAACUCUCGAUGCCUUUGGGUUGUGCUGUAUUUAAUGUGUACGAUAUAUUCUUAGCGUUUAUGAAGAUAUUGAUGAAAAUGAUUAUGACCAUGCUGAAAACUCAUUCACCAAAAUUAUCCAGAAAUUCUGUUGUAUUGUUCUAUGGAAUCAGUGAAGGAAAAGUCAAUAAAGAAAAU